CCUAAUUCUAAAAAGCUAUAAGCCUCCUUCCUUCCCUCUCUCUCUCUCAAUUAGCUUCUUUUUUUUCUCUUGCACCCACUAUCCUUUCCAUGAUAAAGACUAUAGCUUUUAUGCCUAAUUGCAUUCUUUUCCCAUCAUUUGUUUCACACAUCAAAACCACAUAUUUUUUCCAGUACUCCCUUUUUUCCAAAAUUUGAUUUAUUAUGGCCCCUGGCUACAUCCCUAGAUUAUUAGAAAAAUAUCAUCAGUCUUGGUAAAUUAGUCCCUAGUUAUAGGUUGUGCCUUAAUUAAAUAAACAAUUAAGCUGCAUGUUAGUGGAGGCAGUGAUCUAAUCCCAGUUGUAGAUUAGGUUGAAGAUAUGGUCUCUAUAGGUGGCGGCUCGUCCAUGGCAACAAUCCUACUUAUCGUCACCAUUAGCAUGGCCUUAAACUUCACCUUGCUUGCAGCCCUACCAAUCUUGUCAAGCAGCUCACAAUCAGGGAGAUUAUUAGCUGAAACGAGUAACGGAUCAAACUUGGAUGAUACCGUGAGAGUAGACCCUUUGGAUGGUUUCAAGAAAUACAGAGGAGGGUAUGAUAUAACAGACAAAAACUAUUGGAGUUCGACUGCAUUCACAGGCAUAUACGGAUACAGCAUCGCAGCUGUGUGGCUUCUGUGUGGUGUUUUAUAUGGAGGAUUUCUCCUUGUAAGAAGCUGUUGUUUGAAGGGAAGAAGAAACCUCAAGAAAAAGAGACAACUUUGUCACAAAAAUUGCUAUGUCCUACCUCUUCUUUUGGCUGUUGUUUUCACCCUUCUUGCUAUAUUGGGGAUUGGCCUAGCUCUUGGAGGGAAUGCCAAGUUCCACGCGAGGGCCAAGACAGUGAUAGACAUCAUAAUCGACACAGCAGAUGAGGCCUCGGACACAAUAUACAACACAACUGGAGCCAUGAGGGAGAUGAGCAUUACACUUGAAGCUGUUGACGCGGAUCCUGAGGCCACGCGCUUCCUGAGUGAAACGUCCCAGAGGCUCGAUGCUCAGGCUAACGACAUAGCCAGGCAAGCUUCAAAGAACAGGCGCCUCAUCGACAAGGUCCUCAAGAUUGUGUAUAUAAUCACAACUGUCACAGUUUCUUUGACUUUGGUAGCUGUCAUUGCUCUUCUAGCAUUAGGCAUCUUAAAAUUUCCGAGGACUGUUCAAGUACUGAUUGCAAUAUGCUGGAUUUUGACCGUCCUAUGCUGGUUGUUUUUUGGAAUUUAUUUCUUCCUAGAAAACUUCUCGAAAGACACGUGCACGGCGCUAGAAAGCUUCCAGAAGGAUCCAUACAACAACAGCUUGAGCUCCAUCCUACCCUGCGACGAGCUGCUGUCUGCAAAGUCAGUCCUGGAUGAUGUGAGUGCAGGAAUCUACGACUUAGUAAACGAGGUGAACAACAACAUAUCCACAUCAUACGGCAACAUCGUACAGAUCUGCAACCCCUUCUCCCCGCCGCCUCUGUACGAGUACCAGCCCUGGACCUGCCCCUCUUCCUCCAUCCAAAUAGGCGACAUCCCUCGGGUGCUGCGCCUGCUGGUGUGCCCCGACUCGGAGGGGCCGACGUGCAACGGGGGGAUCGUGGUGGCGGCGAGCGAGUACUACACCAUCGAAGCCUACACGACGUCCAUCCAGAAGCUUCUAGACGUGUACCCCGGCAUGGAGGCGCUGGUGGAGUGCGAGACGGUCGAGCUUGCCUUCGCCGAGAUCCUCCAAAACGAGUGCGCCCCGCUCAAGAGGUACGCUAAGAUGGUGUGGGCUGCGCUGCUAUUUCUCUCUCUAACCAUGGUUUCCUUAGUCCUCGUAUGGACGGCCGGAGCGCACCACCAACGCUCACGGCAUUCUUUCGGCGGCUCUGUCAAACCGCACUCUAUUGAUCUGCAUGACACCGUUGACGGCAAGCCGAAUUUGGACGUCUGAUUGGAGGUGGAUACGACCGUACAACGUUAGAUUUUUUGUACAGGAUUAUAGCAGGUAUAGAUGAUUAAUACAAUACACACAGUAGGAUUAUACGAAUACGAGAUGGAGCCAAUGGGGACAAACAAACCCCCGCUCUCGCGCGGAUUUUUUUUUUUUUUUUUUAAUGUCAAUGAAAAAUAAUGUAUUUAUUUUACUUAUUCAUUUAUUUAAUGUUAAGUUUCUUGAA